AGAAGUUAGGGUUGCAUGAGCAGGAACGAAUGAUUCCACUAACAAUAGGUUUAAAAUGUAUGCCCAGAGCUCUAGCGUUGUGAAGUAAAUAUUUGAGUAGACUUUGAUUUAACCAAAUAAAUCGUUGUCUGCAUUGUUAAGCUUUAAAUAGCCUUUUCAACAAUAGUAGAGGUUUUUGCCUUAAUUAUUCACAUAAUUCUUUUAACUCCAGACCCAAAUCUGACUUUAUAGGUAAAUCAUCUAUUCUGAAGUUUGGGAAAGAAAGCAAGCUUUUAGGAACAGUUUUUGUAGGAGAUAGAAUCAGCUGUUAGAAGGUGUUGAGAAAGACCCUUUGGUCCAGAGGUGAGGGAUUUAUCUGCCAGACACUCCCAGAAAGUCCAAGAAGGGAAGCAGAGGGAGGAGAAAAGGGAAUGAAGCAAGUAGGAGAGAGAGAGAAAAAAAGGGAGAGAGAGAGAGAGAGAAGGAAAUUGUCACUGGGAAGUAGUAGAACGCCAUAUGCCUGAGUAAUGAACUGUGCAUGGGUACUUAUCCUAUGGAUUACCAGCCCUAAUGAGAUAAAAUUUCUUUCUUUCUUUAAAAUGCCAAGAAAAGGUAACCCAACAGGCUUUAAAUAUGCAAGUGAGAGACUAAGUAUUAAAUCACGUGACUAAAUAAUUCUCUUUUCCCAAGUGAAAUUGUCAUUCAGAGAAACAAUGUAGUGAAAGUUAGCCACAAAAAGAUGGUCCCUAUUGAGAAUUUAGGAGACAACUAUUUGAUUUCAGAAACAAGUCUUUUACAGCGAAUAAAUACAUACCUAGCCUCUUCCAUCUGGAUAAAUAAAUGAGUAUGUACAUAAAUUAACCAAUGUAUCAGUAUCUACUAAAUAGCUCGUAUUCAACCAAGACACAAAACGGUUCACAAAGUGAGAAUGGCCGGGAUUUUGUGCAUGUGAUACUGAGAGUAGAGACAUGGGGGGAGGGGCUCUAGGCUCAAGGUCCCCACCUGGAACUCUGUUCUCUGGCCUUGUCUCUCUUCGGAGUUAGGGCAAUUGGGCGCCCCACGGCAACAUGGCAGCAGGGGGUGUGUUUCUGAGAGAAUCACUCACAAGUCCUGGCUUCUUGUCCUGGCUCUGUCACUUACUAGCUGUGAGACUUGGGAAAGUCAGGUAUCUCCUCAGAUCUCAAUUUCUCCACCUGUGAAUUGGCAAUAACAAUGUCUACCUUCUGUGCCUACUUCUUAGGAUAAAUAUUCAAGGGCAAAAAGUAAAAGUGCUUGGAAAAACUAAAGCCUUUAUAGAAAGUGCAGGGAUCCUCUUCAUUCUUCUCUCACCUACUGGGUCUGAAACUCCUUGCUAUGGCAUAUUUUAACAUUUCUCUAACAACUUAGUUGUAUGGCCAACCAAGAAGUUCUUCUGUUUCAGUUUUUGGGUUGCUAUCCUUUGAAUAUGAUUUGCUCACAUCCUGUUGCUUUCCCAUCAUCUCUCCCGAACUUAUCUGUUCUUUCAGGUUUAACUCAGGACCCACAGAUCCUUCAUGAAACCUUCCUCAAUUCCAACCCACAUUCAUGGCCCUUCUUCUUACAACCUGUUAUCCGUGCCAAUCAUUCUGGGCAUUCCCCCUGUAAAUGCAUAUAAACUUUGGAGUUUACCAUUACCGUCAUUUACCAUUUCUUUAUCUUUUGUCCCCGGUCUAGUUUAUGUAAACAAACCUUUUGGGGCAAUUACUCUAUGUUAUAAUCUAUGCAAAGGGAAAAAAUGAGUAAGAUUUAGGCCCUGCCGCCGGGAAAUGAGGCUAACUAGGGAGAGAAACUUGUAAACAAAUCAUGACAGUGUAGUACACUAUGGUAGAGCAAUACAUACGAGGUAUGUACAAGAAGGAAAUGAUUAACUCUUUCUCAGGGAUUCCAUGAAGGCCUUUCCACAUCUUCUUAUCUUACACAACUACGUUAGGGACAGAGUUCCUGACAAACAAUAGGCCGAUAAAUGCUCGCUGAGGGAAGUGAAGGGACGAAUCAAUGUUCAGGGACAGCUGACUAUUUUUAAAGGAUGAGUAGGAAUUCACGAGGGGUUGGAAGAGAAGAACACACAUAAAAGAAACGACAUGCAUGAAGGCACGGAAGGCAUUUGAACCUGCUGAAGGCAAGAACAGUUUGCCACACAGUUCCAAAGGUCUCCCACUUACCACAGUCGUCAGAGCAAGCAAAAUGAUCGAACCCAUUGGGAAUCAGUACAUUGUAGCCAGGCCAGUGUAUUCUGCGAAUGCUUUUGGGGAAGAACAUAAGAAGAAGCAGAGGCAUCACAAGACCUUUCUGGAUCAUCUCAAAGUGUGUUGUAGCUGUUCCACACAAAAGGCCAAGAGAAUCGCCCUGUCUUUGUUCCCCAUAGCAUCUUGGUUACCAGCCUACCGGAUAAAGGAAUGGCUACUCAGUGACAUUGUUUCCGGAAUCAGCACAGGGCUGGUAGCUGUACUGCAAGGUUUAGCAUUUGCUCUGCUGGUCACCAUCCCCCCAAGCUACGGACUGUAUGCAGCCUUUUUCCCAGUUAUAAUCUACUUUUUCUUGGGCACUUCUAAACACAUAUCUGUGGGUCCGUUUCCAGUUCUGAGUAUGAUGGUGGGAGCAGUAGUUGUGAGAUUAACCCCGUCGGAGAGUACAGCUGCUCUGGAAGUCUCUAAUAGCUCGAUGAGUAAUGAUUCAUCAGCAGAUGAGUAUAAGGUGAUGGUGGCUGCCACGGUUACAAUCCUUUCUGGAAUCAUUCAGUUGCUCAUGGGAGUUCUGCAGAUUGGGUUCGUGGUGAUCUAUCUAUCAGAGUCCCUAAUCAGUGGCUUCACCACAGCUGCUGCCGUGCACGUUUUGGUUUCUCAGCUCAAGUUUAUGCUUCAGCUGAAUGUUCCUGCACACACUGAUCCAUUUUCAAUUUUCAAAGUACUGAAUUCCAUAUUCACACAAAUAGAGAAGACUAACAUUGCAGACCUUGUGACAUCCUUGAUUAUUCUGCUGAUUGUAUUUGUGGUUAAAGAAAUAAAUCAGCGCUACAAAGCCAAACUUCCGGUGCCCAUCCCAAUUGAACUCAUCAUGACUGUGAUCGCAACAGGUGUGUCCUAUGGCUUUGACUUCAAAAACAGGUUUGAGGUGGCUGUGGUUGGGGAGAUGAAAAGAGGAUUUCAGUCCCCCAGAGCACCCGACAUGCAGAUUUUCCAAGAGACCAUCGGGGAUAGCUUCGGCAUUGCGAUCGUUGGCUUUGUGGUGGCCUUCUCAGUGGCCAGCGUCUAUUCCCUCAAGUAUGAUUACCCGAUUGAUGGCAAUCAGGAGUUAAUAGCCUUGGGAUUGAGUAACAUAUUCAGUGGAUCAUUCAAAGGCUUUGCCGCGAGUACUGCCCUCUCCAGAUCGGGGGUUCAGGAGAGCACUGGAGGCAAAACACAGAUUGCUGGGCUUCUCUCUGCUAUCAUCGUUCUGAUUGUCAUUGUAUCCAUUGGAUUUCUUCUGGAGCCACUACAAAAGUCUGUCCUGGCAGCGUUAGCACUUGGGAACCUGAAGGGAAUGCUGAUGCAGUUCACAGAAAUACGAAGACUGUGGCAAAAGGAUAAAUACGAUUGUCUGAUAUGGAUCAUGACCUUCAUCUUUGCCAUUGUCCUGGGACUUGGGUUGGGCCUGGCGGCCAGCGUGGCAUUCCAGCUCCUGACCAUUGUGUUCAGGACCCAGUUUCCAAAAUGCAGCACACUGGCAAAUGUUGGAAGGAGCAACGUCUAUAAGAAUAAAAAAGAUUACGCUGACAUGUAUGAACCAGAAGGGGUGAAGAUCUUCAGGUGUCCAUCUCCCAUCUACUUUGCAAACAUUCAUUUCUUUAAGCAGAAACUUAUCGAUGCUGUUGGCUUUAAUCCACUACGAGUUCUACGCAAGCGCAACAAAGCUUUGAAGAAAAUCCGAAAACUGCAGAAAAAAGGCUUGCUGCAAGUGACACCAAAAGGAAUUAUAUGUACCAAUGAUGGCUUUAAAGAUUCCGACGAAGAGCUGGACAACAAUCAGAUAGAAGGACUGGAUCAACCAAUCAAUACCACCGACCUGCCUUUCGAGAUAGACUGGAAUGCCGACCUUCCUCUCAACACUAUGGUCCCUAAAAUCAGCCUGCAUAGCCUCAUUCUCGACUUUUCAGCUGUGUCAUUUCUUGACAUUUCUUCAAUGAGAGGUCUCAAAACGCUUUUGCAAGAAUUUAUCAGGAUCAACGUAGAUGUGUAUAUUGUUGGAAGUGAUGAUGAUUUCAUCGAGAAGCUUGUACAGUGUGAUUUUUUUGAUGAUGAAGUCAAGGACUCCAUCUUCUUCUUAACAAUCCAUGAUGCUGUUUUGCACAUUCUGAUGAAGAAGGAUUACAGUGCUUCAAAGUUUAAUUCCAGUCAGGAAAAACAACCGAAAUUUGAUUUUAUCAUAAAUACAAAUGGAGGAUUACGUAAUCGAGAAUGUCAGGUACCAGUUGAAACAAAAUUCUAAUCAACACAUAACUCGGAAGGACCCUCAUCUGACUGUCACAUAAAGAACAACCUUAUACCCAGAAAGUUAUUGAUAAGUUCAUACAUUGUAUGAGGAAUAUUUUUACUCAGCAGAAUUAUGUUUCAGACUUUGGAACGAGAUUGUUCUAGCAUCAUAUAUUUUUCACCUAUCUAGUAUAAAAUUUUGUAAAUACUCUCAAUUUUUUAUCUUGUAGAUUUCUCAAAGGAAGACAAUUUUUUGUUUAUAUGUAUUUUUAUAGCACUGACAGAUUUCCCUCCAGGUCACUAUACCUUCAUGCAUAUGUUGUGCACUGUAUUUACACCACUGCUUUGAAUCUCGUAAUUUAUACAGUUCAUAUUGUAUAAAUUCAUACUAUAUACAGUUCAUACUGUAUGCAGUUCAUGCUGUAUACAGUUUAUACAGAACUGUAUACAGUUCAUACUGAUAUAUCUCCAUUUAAAAAAAUUCCAUUGUACAGUGGAUAUGUCUUGUUUUGUUAAAUUUGGUAGCUUUCUGGAAUAUGCUUGUUGUGGGUCCCCUUGGUAGAGGUCUGGCUGGAAACCUGCCACAUGAGAAUCGUCUAAAACUUCUGCAGUGAUCCUUAACUUUGCCCAGAGUUUGUGAUUAUCACUAUAGCUUUUUAACGCAUUCAACAACCUCCUAUCCAGACUUUGACCAAUCCUUCUAAUGUCAUAUCUGUAACUAUACUAAGCUUUGGAGGCAAGUCCUUUUCUUCCACCUGGUAGUAUGCAAAUUGUAUAAGCUAAUGAAGAUAUAAAAUGAAAAGGCAAGAAGGUGAAAAACGAACAGAAAACAUGAUGGGUAAACAGUUCUUUCCAGUCUUAGAGAAAAGAAAAGAUGGUAGGACCCAGUUUGACUUUUUCCUCCACUGCUGGUCAUUAUUUGUAACACACAGGGCAGAAUAAUCACUCUAGAGCUCAAUUUGGCUAGAGAAGAAGAUUCCGCAUACGCGCUUCUCUGUUUUGCUGGCAUUGUUCUCAGUACAAAUUUGUAUUUAUUUUAUGUAACAGAUAAUUUUGUAACUUUGUAAAAAAUAACUUUGUCAAUGGGGAAAUCCCAAUUGUUCUAGAUCUCGCCUCUGAAGGUUUAUUGUCAAAGCUCCUUCCCACUCUUUAUUACUGUCUUUACUGAAAGGGCUUGUCUAUUAGACUUAAACCAAUUACAGUAAGGUAAAACAAAAUUUAUUUACAUAGCUAGUCUUAAAAACUGGAACGUAAGCACUCUUUGAAGGCACGUUUCUUAAAUUUCUGAGUCAUGCAUACCUUAUAGAGCUUCCUGCGCCCUGCAGACUUUAGGGAAACACACACACAUUUUAGACAUGAUUUAUAUAUGAUGCGUUUGUAUAGGAUACUCCAUGAAUGUCAGAUUAAGAGCUCUUUUUCUGUAGAGGUCAGGGAAUAGGAAUUGGAAACAUAAACCCAUUUCAUCCAUCAUUUGGGGGUGGGGCCAAAGCCCCACACGGGAUCGUGGCUGAUGUCUGCAUCUUCCCAAGUAAAGGUACUCUUUACACCCUUCUCGCUAACCAAAGAGCCAUGGAGCACUCCAAGCAUGGUGCCCCCAUUUCAGCCUAUUCAACCUUAACAUCUUAGAGGUUCCCUUAUCCCCACCCUUAAAUGUUUUUUCUCCCUAGGCCUCUAAGGUGGAUAUGCUCUGGGUAUACGUGGCACUCGGCCUUUACUUGCCUGCCUAAAAGCAAUUAUUGGAAAUUGGUACAAAAAUCUGAUCCCUGAUUUAGGAAGAGGCCAAGAGAUCAUGUUGGAAGAUAAAAAUAAAAGCGACAUAAAUCAGAGCAAGACUGAAGGGGAGAAGAUACCCAGUACUGCAACCAGGAGACAGAACAGCUUGGGAAGAGACAGAUACAUUACUGAAAUUAAGAAAGCUUGAAGCUAAUAACGUGCCAGUUUAUCCUUAAAAUUUUUUGCCAAUAAUUAUUUAAGUAUUUGAUACACAUUCUUAUCUAAAUGCAGUAGCUUACCACUUAGAGAUGCAAAUGAGAGGCUUUAAAUGCAAGCUUGGCUUUACACUGCAUAAAGGACAGACAACAGGAAACUUUAAUUCAUUUUCUGCCAUCUUCACCUGGACGUCUACAUGUCAAAACUGAUCUACUGACCUUCUCCCCCUAAUCUGCUUUCCCAGCAUCUUUUCCACCCCGGCUAACGCCAACUCCAUCCUUCUAGCUGCUCAGGUUGAAAAAUCUGUCAGGAUAUUCUAGUGUCUCUACCCUUAAAAUAUAUCUAGAAUCAAUUCCUUUAAUUCUCCAAAUAGACCGCAUAAGGUAGGUACUAGGUUUAACCCCAUUUUGGGGAAAAACAAAAUAAAUCAAGGUCCAAGGAGGGUAAGUUAUUAGUCCGUUAUGUAGUUGCAGGUGGGAGAGCCCGAAUUCAGUCUAAACGGUCCAACUCCAGAGCCAAGCUCUUAAUCACUAGGAAAUAUUACCUCACAAAACAAAUGAACACCUGUCUAAACACCGAUCUAGCCUAAGGCAGGACUAAACUCAGGAACAAUAUAGCUGUGUUCUACAGAUUUGUUUCAAACUCGGUAAUUCAGUACUGCACGUUGAAAAUGUACCCAGAAGAGCUUUUAGGAAACAGGAAUGUCCAGAAUCAAAUAAACUUAAUAUUUCGCUUGCA